CAGGAGCACAAGAAGCGCUGUCUUAAGGAUGGCUUCCAGCCACUGGAAUGAAACCACGACUUCUGUUUACCAGUACCUCGGAUUUCAAGUCCAAAAGAUCUACCCUUUCCACGACAGCUGGAACACCGCCUGCUUUGCCAUCCUGCUGCUGUUCAUACUCACUGUGGUGGCCUUAGUUGUGCUGGCUUUCCUCUAUGAGGCACUUGACUGCUGCUGCUGUGCGAAGAACAAAACCGUGAAGGACUUGAAAAGCGAGCCGAAUCCUCUCAGAAGUAUGAUGGACAACAUCAGAAAACGUGACAGCGAGGUAGUCUAGCCUUCCACAGAAGAUAAACAAAAGCUGGAAAAACAGCCUCUGCCUCUUCUGGGAAAAAGGAAAUUUUUCUGAGGCCAACCUUUACUACAAAACUGAUCUGACUUUGAAUGGCUAAAAGAUUUCUAGUAGAAAAGAAACCAUGUGAAAUGUGCACUCUUGUGUA